AUGCCACCCCGUUUGCGCCUUUCGUCCUCACACAUCCCCCGGCCGGUACGGACACAAAAAUGCCUGGGACAACAAAAUGAAUUGAUACACAGCGCUCGAUACGCCAGCACGGCCACCGCAGCCGCCUCAUCAUCAGUUACUGUUCCCCUUCCAUCGCUGGAACAAAUGAAGAAAAGCCCAUCGCGCACCGCCCGAACACCCUCCGUUCAACCCCCUUCUCACAGACGACCUGAGGAACGCCGCUCCCAACUCCUCCGACAAUACACUUCCCUCAUCCGCACAGCGCCGUUGAUGGUGUUUUUCCAACAUAACAAUCUUCAAUCCACAGAAUGGACCGCGAUUAGACGUGAAUUGACUCUGGCGUUGCGAAAAGUGGAUGAACAACAAGCGUCCGAGGGACGGAGUACGACUCCAUUGGCGUCGAAUGUGAAGUUACAGAUUAUUCAGACUAGUAUUUUUGAGGUUGCGCUACGUAUUGUCGAUUAUUUCAAGCCGGAGAAUGUUGCCAAAAAAAUUGCUGCGGCUGAGACAGAGGAGGAUAUUCUUUUGCAUGAUCUAUCGCGUACCGUUCAUGGUGCCGUACGACAUAUGAAGGGCAAACAUGACUUGUCAACCAUUUUGUCUGGUCCGCUUGCCGUCCUCACAAUCCCCAAUGUCUCGCCGGAGCAUCUCAAAGCCGCACUCUCAAUUCUCGCACCCAAGGCUUCCGGCUUUUCUGCUCCUUCCCGUAAGGCGAACCCUGGAUAUCAUGAAUUAACCGUUCAGGACGGAUUACAAAAGCUCAUGGUUGUUGCGGCCCGAGUGGAUGGCCGCGUAUUCGAUCUUGAAGGCACGAAAUGGGUCGGUAGCAUUGAGAGCGGCAUUGACGGUCUCCGUGCUCAGCUUGUGCAUGCUUUGCAAGCUAUUGGGGCUGGAGUUACGUCUACUUUGGAGGGUGCGGGUAAGAGUUUGUAUCUUACCAUGGAAAGCCGGAGGAGUGUGUUGGAGGAGGAGGAGCAGAAUGGUGGGGAGAAAAAGGAGGAAUCUUCUUAG